AUAGUAAGGCUUUUCAGAAAUUACAUUUAUCCGCAAUAAUCUGCAUGUGUACUAUUGCAUCAGUCAUAAAAUUAUAAAUUAUUUUUUAGAAAUGGCAAAAUGUGUAUUGGUUUUCUUGUUGGUGGCGACAUCUUGUGCAGUUUUGUGUAAACCAGUGGACACCAUGGAGAAAACAGAUGUCAGCACAGACGCACACAUCAUCGCCAAGCGGUUCAUCAAUCCCUUCCUAACUUCUGGUGGGUUCGACGACACCGGGCUCGCCGGCAAAAUGAGGAUGAAGCGAGAUGCGGAGGAGUGCGAGAAGCUUAAACUCUGCAAGCUGCAUGCGCGAUCCAGUAGAAAUUUCUUGGCGGCCUUCGAGCUAUACUUUGUCAACAAAGAAAACGCGAGGCUAUGGGAUCACCGCACACACAGCAUUGCAGAUUGUGAACGUAGAUUCAGCUGUUACGACAGAUAAAUUUAUAAAACUUUAGAUCUAUUUAUAUAUUCUUUUGAAUUUCGAAAAUCAUUUGUAUAUAUAGACAUUAGCAAUAAGUAUGCAUUAAUUUAUGUUUGUAAACCUACUUGAAAACGUCAUCGCUUGUUGUUAUACUCUGCUUUUGUGAGAAAUAUGCAGUUGAUUAUUAUUAGUUGAAUUAUUAAAUGAAAAUAAAACACAAUGCAUAUCAA